UAGAAUUAUAGGAGUCAAAGAAAAUAAUGUACAAAUUUUAAAUUUCUGUUUAUUUAAAUAAUGCAUACCUAUGUUGUUAUCACGUAAAAUGUGCAUUAUCCAAGAUGGACAUAGCAAUAAAAAUUAAAGUUGCGUUGCAGUCGACGUAAUUUUAUAAUGAUUAUUGACUUAAAAAAAUAAUCAUCAAGACAGAAAACUUUAAGAAAUUAACAAGUGAAAUUAUAAUGAAUAAAUCGAUGUCGGUCGAGUCAGACAAAGAAUAUAAUAAGCUGUGUAAUGCUUUUGUUGAACUUAAGAAACCCGAACACAUUGGUGAUAUACAUAGAACUACAGUUGUUAAGUACACCCGUAUACCGGAUUUCCCUUAUGAUUCAAAAUUGUGGUCGGAAAGUAGUUUCAGUGAACCAAGGCUGCGUCGGUUGAUAGCUAUUCAAGAACCGCAACUUAAUACUACUAGAUCACUCAAGUCUUUUAUUCCUAAAAUGUCAACACCAAGUUUUUCUAAAAGGAAAAUAGUCACCAUAGAUGAAGAAGGAGAAACAGAACUACAUCCUAAAUUUUCUCAACAAAUACGAAGUUCACACUCAAAACUUACAAGCAGAGCUGUUGAAACUGAUUUUAAAGAAAAGAAGCUAUACUCACACAGGACCACAUCAAGAUUAUUGCCUUCUGCAAGAGAUGCAAGAGAAGUUAAAAAAAGUAUAAAAAGUAAUUCUCCAUGCAAGAAGGAGGUUAGUAUGACUAAUUUGAGAACCAAGCAGUCAAAACCAGAUUUGGAACAAAAUUUGAAAGCAAGAGAAGUGGUGAGAAAUACAAAAAAUGUUACUAGAGAGAGUCUAUCAAAAAAAAUUGAAAAUAAUAAAAUAACAGAAGAUAAAAAAACUAAUGCAUCUCCUAAGCAUAUAACAAAAGUGCGUCCUCACAAAUCAACAGUAGAACAAAAGAUAUUAAAGGAAAUAAAUGAAUGUCACUUCCCUUUACCUGUUGUAUAUGUUCCUUUAGAGGUGGGUGAAGGCGCAGAAAGACAAAACGACCCAAUUAGUUCCCCUAUUGUAAUUUCCAAUUUAAAUAAUGUAGCCAAUGAAACUGUUAAUCAGAGUACAGAUGUACAAAAUUUAACUUGUUUUACUGAUAUGAAUGUAGGUACAGAUUUACAGCCAAAGUCAGACAAAUGUACGCAAUCUGAUAAUAAUUUAAACGUAAAAAGUAAUCUGAUGCUAAGUCAAACAAUGGAAGAUAAAAAGGAUACUUUUGGAAGUCUUGAGGUACCAAAUGUUACAUUAGUAAAGCAUAAGGUGGAGAAAUCCAAAGAAAACAUAGUCACAUUUUGUAGUCAAUCAAUGCCUAAUCUCAAAGUCCCAGCAUUUAGUGAUACUAACUUGAAAAGUGAAAAUAAAGUUAGUGAUACUUGCUAUAGAAAUACUUCAUCAUACAUUAUUAGCAGAGCAACUCUAACAUAUACAACGAAACAGAAAAUAGACUUUCAUGUUGUUGAAAAUCAAUUAAAUCUGGAAGUAAGACAUAAGCCAGUAGUACAUCCUAUGAGUGUAAUAUCAGUUUACAGAAAAGAGUUAAAAGAGAGAAAUGCUAACGAAAAUUACGAAAAUGGUGAACGAUGUACUGGAUCCAAUGCUAAAAACCGGUUAAAUCACUUAACAAAUCCUAAAGUGAUUCCUAAACGAAAGUUAAUCAAGCCGUCUUUCAUAAUAGGUGCAAUAAAUCUUGAAUACAAUUUGGUACCUAAUGAUAAUAUUAUUGAUGAGCAAUUUCAACGUGAAUUACAUUUUAUAGACACUUUUUUUGAGUCAUUGCAGUAUUUAGAAAGUUGUUCUCUAGCAGAAAAAAGAUUAACACAAAGUAGUUUAGAUGAGCUAGUCAAUAACGUGUAUGAUUUGAAGAAAGUAAGAAUCAAUAACUUUUCUUCAAAAUUAGAUAAUGAUAUUGAUAGCAGGGAAACAAUGGCUUCGAAGAGUCUUUGUCUGCUCAAUUUGCUCAUACGUGAUGAGCAACGGCGAGCCAAAAAUCUGCUGUUUGUGUUAAAAAUGCGCGAAGAAGCUUUAAAGGAUUUCACUAAAUCACAUAUACUUUGGUUGGAAAAUAGAAAAAAACAAGAUAAUAUAGAUAUUCCAACGUUAAAAAAGAAACAACGUGGUGCAUUACUUAAACUACAGUAUGAAUGUGGGGAGAUGCAGCGUAUGCGCAAAGCUCUACUUACUCUUUCAGAGAAGCGUAAGUUAGCUCUAAUGAAAACAAAAAGGAACAUAGAAUUAAAACUGAAAAGUCACGUUGAUGUUAAACAAAUUACUUUUGAUAAGAAGAAACUAAAGAGAAGCACAUCAACGGAUAGAAAUAUACCUUUGAAAUGUUUUGAGCUAUCCAGUAGCGGUUGUGAAGAAAGCACUACAUCCCGACCGAAAUCAACUACUCCAGUGUGUUUCCCUAAAGUUUUAAUUGAAAAUUUAAAUAUAAUUGAAAAGUCUGUGCAAACUGUUGAUAAUAUUGUAGCAUCUGUAGAUCAUUCAACAAGUACAGAUGAAAACUUUGUUGUUGUUGAUGGUGGUUACCUUAAUAUUUUAUUUCGCAAUCUAUCUCUGCCAGAAAUUUUCAGUAGUGAGAGACAAUAUGAAGUGAAUGAAGAAGCCAUUAAAAGCAUAGUCACAAAAACAAAUGAUAGACAAGCUAUAGUUAAAGAAAGUGAUGUUAUUAAGAAGUUCAUGGAUCAGAUUACAAAUAGUGAGGCAGAAUGUUCAAGCAGUCCAUCAACGGCAAGGAGUCUCGUUGACGAGCUUGAUGAGUAUUACAAAGUUCUUAAAGAUGAUGAUAAAUCUGAAGACCAAUCUUUUGAAGCUAUUGGCAUUGUUGAAAUCGACAGUCGUGAUGUCCGAACAGAUGCUAUGGAAAACAAAAAAGACUCUUCAAAUAGAGUUCAGGAAGUCUUAGAGACUAGUAAACCUCAUUCUGAAUGUCCAGACUGCGCUUGGUUGCAUGAGUUGCCUAAAUGUCUUGAGAGAAAAUUACAUGAUGAAGUUAGUGCUAAUGUUGCCGGCCCACUGCCUGUCCCACCAGGAGCAGCAGACGUUGUAGAUCCAUCACCACAAUUAUGGCCUCACCAACAGUCGACAACAUCAUCCUUACCAGUUGCAACCAGUAAUGCUACCAACCAAAUAUUAUAUUCAAAUAACAUAUGUUCUUAUACGUCACCAACUGUUGAAAGCGAGGCAGAAGAAUUGCGUAGACAGCAACUCGAGAUAGAAAGAGAAAUAAAAGCUCUAGAACAACAGCAGUGUCAAUUAUUAGCUGUUCGCGAAAUACCGGAUAAACCACCACCGCCCUACAUUCCACCGGUAGAAAUACGCAAUCCAAAGGAAAAUAGAAAAUACCAUGUUGACUGUACAACUGAAGCGAAGAUACGUAGGUGUGUCGAAAAUAUAGAUGAUGAUCUCUUUGACGAAUCCGAUCCAUUUGAAUUGUUUGUUAAAGAUUUUUGCUUAGAAUGUGUGGAAUGUAGAGAUGACGAGAAGGGCAUUACAAAUUGGUUUUGUCAGUCACUGGCAACACUUCAAGUUGAUCAUGAUAAGUUUCCCGAGAAGACUGUUUCGGAACUUAGCGAGGUACUGAAAGGUGUGGCACCGACUGUUGUAACUGGUGUUGGCACAAGACGAUCAGACCAUAUAGAUGAUAUAUUAUUUGCGGAAUGGCGACGCUGUGAGCCAGAUUGGACUUCUUUACACAAGGAUGAGGUUAUCGUGAAAAAUCAGUUAUUUGAAAGCAUUUUCCAAAAGAUUCUCUCGGAAACUGUUGAUGAAUACAAAAAUACUGUCUCAGGCUCAGGAAAGCUUGGCGUGCUCAAGUGAAAUAAUAAGUUACAAUCAUGUAUUUAAUUAUUAUUGGUUAUUUAAUUGUUAUUGUAAGGCAUGUUUGGUAAAAAAAUCCCUGUUUGUUGUUUGUUAAAUUAUUUAUUUAGACAUAUAGUAUUAAAAAUAUCACAUAGUGCUUACAUUUUAACGUUUUCUCUAUAAAUAAUUUUCGUAUCUUCUAUGGUAAAAAUAGAUGAAGAGAUGUUUCUAAAUUGUAUUUCUUUUAUAAUAUUUGAUAUAUUAUCAUAAUUGUAUAAUGAAAUAUCAAUUAAGUGUAACGCUUGUCUAUAUAUAAUAUUGUAGCGAUUUGAAAUGUAUUAGCUCACAGUAUUACUGUUUUAGCCACUUGAAAUCGUGAUAAAAUAUUUCACAAAAAUACUCAAACGCGAACAUUUAUUAGGAGAAUACACCACGAGUAUAAUAGUUUACACAUAGAUAAUUAAACAAUACAUAUAAUGAGACUAGUAAAAGCCUACAAUUAACUAUAAUAAAUUAUUCUUCCAACUUACUCAAUACUUUUUAUGAUCAGUCGAACAAUCCAACCUUCAUAGAACAAUAUCUUAGAUUAAUCUCAUUAUUGUGUAUAUUACAUCGUAAUAAAGGCCAUUUUUUGUUC